GAGGGGGGCGUGCGAGCAUUGACGGCUAUCAGAGAGAGAGAGAGAGAGAGAGAGUUAAAAACUUAGCUCCGACAGUUUCAACCUCAUUAAUUCGUCACAGAAGAGAGAGAAACAUCAACAGAGUCCUGAAUCAUCCAAUUCAUCUGAGAACAUUACCGGUCUGCUCUGAUGUCGAUCGUAAGAACUUACCAAAGUGUCCAGAAUUGACGUGACUGCGGAUUUUGGAGUGACAACCGUGGGAUUUUAGGGAAGGUUCAGAACAGGCUCCAUCACCAGGUUCAAGGAUCACAAGAGGGUUCCAGAAGCUGCAGCAAGUUCUGGAAUCACUGCAGAAGUCGGCUCCGUAGACCCACGGAGGGUUCAGGAGUCUCAACGGGCUCCAGGAUGUUUCGGGGACUCAGAGCAGGGGAUUCAGAAAAGUGUUCCGGAACCAGAUCUACGUCCAAGUCGGGGAUGUUCACCGUGCCGUUGGUGGUCUGGUGUCUGGUCCUCGCAACUCCCGUCGGUUGCCACAGCAACGUCUCAUCUGAGCCGUCCCUCUCGGACGUGAUGAUGUCGGACUCCUCUGACUUCCACAGCACCGACCCCCCGCCGAUGGAGCUCUUCGUCCAGACCUCGGACCGAGAGCCGCACCUGCUGCAGGAGACGGUGCACAAGCCCCCGUUGACCCUGGAGUCCCACCUGGGGAAGCUGAAGCACGGGAGCAAGUCCAAAGACAAGGAUGAAAGGAACUCCCCUCCGUCCUCCCCUUCCUCCAACUGGUCGGCGGCAGGUCGCGCUCACCCGCCGUCGCCCCCCAGAUGUCUCCAGGAGACGUCGAUAAAAACGGCCUUCAAGUACAUCAACACCGUGUUGUCCUGCGUGAUCUUCGCCGUGGGGAUCAUCGGCAACGCCACCCUGCUCAGGAUCAUCUACCAAAACAAAAGCAUGAGGAACGGACCCAACGCGCUCAUAGCCAGCCUGGCCCUGGGCGACCUGAUAUACAUCGCCAUCGACAUACCAAUCAACAUCUACAAGCUCCUGGCGAUGCGGUGGCCGUUUGCCGACAGCGGGUUCGGACUGUUCCUCUGCAAACUGUUCCCGUUCCUGCAGAAAGCUUCAGUGGGAAUCACCGUCCUCAAUCUGUGCGCUCUCAGUGUGGACAGGUACCGGGCGGUGACGUCCUGGUCUCGGGUGCAGGGCACGGGCGUUCCCGUGGUGACGGCGGUGGAGAUCGUGGGGAUCUGGCUGCUGUCCGCCGUGCUGGCCGUGCCGGAGGCCGUCGGCUUCAACAUGGUCGACUUCGAGUACAAGAACGUCACCAUGAGGACCUGCAUGCUGCAGCCCAGGACGCCCUUCAUGACUUUCUACCGGGACGCGAAGGACUGGUGGCUGUUCGGCUUCUACUUCUGCGUCCCGCUGGCCUGCUCGGUCGUCUUCUACGGCCUGAUGACCUGCGAGAUGCUCAGACACGAGAAAGGGAGUCUGAGGAUCUCACUGAGCGAACACCUCAAACAGCGUCGAGAAGUCGCCCGAACUGUUUUCUGCCUGGUGCUGAUCUUCGCUCUGUGCUGGUUCCCGCUGCACCUGAGUCGCCUGCUGAAGAGAACCAUCUACAGAUCCCACGAUGCACGGCGCUGCGACUUGUUAAAUUUCCUGUUGGUGUUGGACUACUUCAGCAUCAACAUGGCGACCAUCAACUCCUGCAUCAACCCCAUCAUCCUCUACUUGGUCUCCAAGAAGUUCAAAACCUGCUUCAAGUCCUGUCUGUGUUGUUGGUGUUAUUCUGGCUCUUUCUCAAACAGUACGAUGCCUCUGCACCACGGGACGAGUCAGCAGUACAAACACACUGACCACUGAGCGAGAGAGCGGGAGAGAGAGCGAGAGAGAGACAGAGCGAGCACCGAGUCCAGCUCAACCACACUGAACCAGGACGUCCGACACCUGCACUGACGGACACAUCGACCCUCUCAUGUUUUGUUUUUACACCUUAUGAUUCUGUGUUUAUUAAGUUCUAAAUAUAUUAUAUUUUACAACAGUCUAAUUAUUGUAUGGUUAUAUAUAUAUAUAUAUAUUAUAUAAAUUGUCCGGUCAAAAGUAUGUGGACACCUCUGUUCACUUUCCCCUGGGCUGGGUCCCAGUGAAAUCUAAACGCUGCAGCUUGUUUUGUUACUGUAGACACAAGUUUUUAAUUUUGUGGCACCAGUUUCGAGAGAGAGGGGGGCUGUUCCCUGUUUUAAUUCAACAACAAGACGUCGACAGCCUCCUGCGACACCUCUGUGACAGGCCCGAUCCAAAUCCAGCAGCUUGUGAUGUUCACGUCCGCGUACUUUUGGCCACGUCGAGUAUUUAUUGUGAAGUUUUUAUUAUAUUGUUAUCUAUUCCACUUGGUCUCUGCCUGUAAAGACAUAAUUGUUUAGAAGCGCACUGGCUCCCCCCAGUGGCCGAUUCGUGCGAUCACACCCACACUAUGAACCUGCUGACUGAAUUGAUAAAAUGACAUAUGUAUGAAUAAAUAAAUAAAUGAGUUUUUGUGUUGCUGAGUGAAUUAUAAAGGAUUUUGUGUGUUAACAAAUUGUAUUAUACGUGAGUAUUUAUCAAUAACAAUCAUAUUCUCAAA